AUGGAGGGUAAUUUUAUGAGAAUUUCUGAAGAAAAAGAACCAAAUAGGCCGCAGCCGACGGUCCUUGGGCGGUUAGAAACGAUUAUCAAAUUUGUAUUUAGAUACGUUAUUUUGCCAUUGUUGCUAUGGGAGUUGGGGAUCCGGUCUUACUAUAAGAUUAUUCUCGGAGUAUUUAAUAUGAUAUUCAAGGUGUUACUGUUAUUUUUGGCGCCAGAAAAUGGGAGGUUGUUUAAUGGAAUCAGUGGGGAUGAUGGGUGGUACAGUGUAAAUAGCGCUGGUGGGGCUGACAUGGAUGGGUUGUUUGACGAAGUUCUCAAGGAAGGAAAAGUUAAUGUAGGAAAGAAGUCUGAUACAUUUAUGCUGAGAAUCAAUUCUAGGUACCGAUGGGUGAUGGACGGGAUUGAAAGCCAGCAAAUAUGGCAGUUAAUCCGGGAAAAUGUAGAAGAAUUAUACUUUAUAUUCGAGAAAGCGGAUUAUGUAUUCGAUAGAUACGUCAAACACUCGCCGUUUUGUAUUUUGAACAAGUUCAACCCCAAUGGAAAGAAGUCCCACUAUGAAUAUGAGGGCAUUCCCUUAAGCAAGUUCGAGGGCUUUGGGAGCUAUCUUCUGUACAAGCGAUUGGGAACUAAAACCCUCACAACCACAAAGCCACGUUUACAUCCAACACUUCCUCCUACAAUGACUGCAAUACAGAAACCAGUGGUGGCAAAAGGCGAUGCCCUAAAAGCAGAAGUAAAUCCCACCGUAUCCAGACUGACACAAACUGAAAUGAUCAAGCCCGCUAAGGAAAGGACCGUGAGCGUUUUUAGUCCACCGGUGUUUAAUUUUGCAGCAAACUCUUUUGCACAGUCGGUAUCCAACGAAUACAAGCAUGCAAGUCCCAAACGUAUCAAAUUAGAUAAUUCAAGAAUUCAGGCCCCCAUAAUCAAGCCAACGCAAGACAAACCGAGACCGUCUACAAACGCCAGCAAGCCCCGGGUCAUUAAUAUUGAAUUUCCAAACAAACAAAAGUCGGGAUUUAAACUUUUAAUUAGGCCUAAACAUGAACCGAGUAUUAAAAAGCAGAAGCUGGGUAUUGAGGUCUUAUCCACCUCAAACACUAAGAGGAUCACGAAAUCUAUAUCAGUUGAUGAUGUAGAAUACGUAGAAAAAGUUGAGUAUGCAAUCAAGCAAGUAUUACCCAAGCCCGAUUAUGACGAUGGGUCCUUGGGUCCUGUAAUUUUGCGACUUGCAUGGCAUUGCUGCGCUACUUACAAUAAAUUCACUGGUAAUGGUGGUUCAAAUGGUUCAACUAUGAGAUUUGUUCCUGAAAUUACUGAUGAUGGCAACACUGGUCUUGAUAUUGCACGAUCUGCACUCGAACCUAUAAAACAAAAAUACCCUGCUAUCACCUACUCGGACUUAUGGACCCUAGCUGGUAAAAUUUCUAUUCAAGAAAUGGGGGGUCCGGAGAUACCAUGGAGGUGCGGUAGAGUUGACUGCAUUGACGACAGAUAUGUCCCACCCAACGGCAGAUUACCAUUCGCAUACAAGACUGCCAACCAUAUUCGGGAAACAUUCGGCAGAAUGGGGUUCAAUGAUAGAGAAACCGUCCUGUUAUUGGGUGCACAUGGUUUAGGAAGAUGUCACAAGAGGUUCAGUGGAUGGGAAGGAAAAUGGACCGAAAACCCCACUUCGUUCUCUAACGACUUUUAUAAGGUGUUGUUAGAUGAAGAAUGGAGUCUAGGAACGGUGCCCGAAACAGGAAAAGAGCAGUAUUAUAACAAAGACAAGUCACUAAUCAUGCUAAAUACCGACAUUGAGCUAAUUAGAGAUCCUCACUUCCUACAUUUUGUUAAGCUAUAUAGUCAACACCAAGCGACAUUCUUUCAAGAUUUUGCUAAUGCCUUUGGAAAGCUCUUAGAAUUGGGUAUAGAAAGAGAUUCCAACGGUAACGUCUUACCCAAGAAUGAGUUCUAUUGA